AUGAAAGAAGAACCCUCAAAAAUCACUCGAACUAGAGAAAUUCUACAAAAAAAGAGACGGAUGGAACUCCGAGAAAGAAAAACGUGUAAUAAGUUACAUUUCCUGAAUCGAGUGUUCUUCUUUUUGAGCUUAUUAUCUGUUGCAAACGCGGAAUUAAGUAGCGAUGUAAGUUCCAGAGAAGUUUAUAUGCCUAUAUUCAAUAAUGAGUUGUCUUUUAAGGUGCUACCCAUCAAACGUUCGACUCUAUCAGGAGUAGCCCCGUACGAUGAUUUUGAAUAUAGCACCAGUAUGAGCGCUUCCGAUAAUGCGUUUUGUAUGGUGUUUGAUGCAUACAUGACUGACACAUCCAAGGAAGUUGUGUUUGAAAUAUAUGUAAUGGACGUGCUGCAAGAAGAAACAGACUCGAGUAGGUUUGGUGGAACCAGCCACGAGCGUGGGAGGCAGUCACUUGAUUUUAGUAUUUUUAACAAUAGGAACGGCGAUUUGUUAAGAAGCAAGAAAAAUCUAGCAAGUGGGACGUCGAUCGUCGAAGUCAAUCCUGAAAACAGUAGUGAGUUCUUAAUAUGCUUUAUAAACCUGGUAUAUGACGGAUCAUGGAGCUCGAUCGACACUGAAAAAUCUGUAACGGUAAAAAUGACCUAUAAUGAUAGGCUCAACCCUGACAUGAUGCUCCAUUUGGUUAAACAAAUGACACCACAAGUCGUAAAAGCAUUGAACAACGUCUCCGACGGUCUUUUCCAAAUAGUGAGCGACACUGCGCUUCUACAAAUGGAAAGUGAUAGGCGAAAUCUAAACGAAGCCACUUACAGUUACCUGAUCGUGGGGUUUGUGUCACUUAUGAUAGCACAAUUGAUAUCGAAUAUCGUAGUUACCGGUUAUUUGAUUAAUAGAAUAAAAAGCAAGCUUUCAUCUCAUCAAAAAAAAAAAAGGGUUCAUAAAAUAAAAUAA